CUCGCGGACGCUUGUCCGCUUGCAUGCCUACUUUGGCAGAAUAGCGAUCUAAGAGCAAAUGGUCUGUUUGGAUUGCAGCUGCCGCCUGUCCUGCCAAUUUUUCGGUUGUUGAGUGCUACCACGGCUUCCGUUUCGAUCAGCGCCAAAGAAUGGGAACAACGCGAAUUUUUCGGCAAGCCCGUUCAGAUUUUACCCCCAUGCGUUGGCGAGAUCAUGGCGGCGAAAACCUUCGCCAAAUUUUUGGCGUGCCUAUUUUGGCUGGGCUCGCUGGGUGUUAUCCAAACAAACCCUAAAAAUCAUUGGAUUCAUGAGUCAUGACACUGGUGCUUAAUCAAUUUCAUAUUGUUGGCCUAACAGGUGCCUGUGUCCCACAGAUUAUUAUUUUUAUUGGUAAGUCCAACUACCCUCUAUUCAGAGGAUUUCUUUUUGUUUGCUACCAAACUAUGAAUCCAACCGACAACUACGACAGCAUACUAAUUGAAGUCGAUAGAAGUGCCGUUCAAAAAGAAACUCGAUAGAAAUGUACCAUUGGCAUGUAGUAUAUGUUUGCUGUUGAGAUAAUGGAGGUUAAUGACAUUAUAAUCGAGACAUGUCUACUGUUUAGGAUUCUUUGACCUCCAUCCUCGGUCUACUGAGCCUUGGUUGCCCUCCAAUCAAUCAUACAUGGGAGGAGGGAGCAACUCCGGCAAGGUAGGCGCGUCGGAGGCGUUGAGCCUCGUGUUCCGCAUCGCGACGGUGGGGCUGUCGCUGGCGUCGGCGAUCACGACGGCGGCCUCGACGCAGAGCCAGUGCGUCCACGAGGACUGCAACGGCGAGGCGACCGCCACCGUCUCCUUCGGCAACUACAACUCCUUCAAGUAUUCGGCGCUGGCCGACCUGCUGUCGGCGGUGCUGCAGGGCGUGGCGAUCUGCCUGGAGGUGGCGCGGAAGGACAAGGCAGCCAAGGUCGUGGAGCUCAUCGACAAGCUCCUGCUGGCGCUCACCUCGACGUCAGCGGCGCUGCUGCUGGCCGUCGACGACAUCACCUCCUGCGGGUCACCUCGCGGUGGCGGGCGCCGGCGCAGCAGACGCUUCUGCACCCAGGCCGGCAGGUUCUGCGGGAAGAUCCGAGCGUCGUCGGCCUUGUCCCUCGUCGCCGCCGUUUCCGUCUCCGUCACCGUCUACACCAGGCACAUCCCCGUAAGUUUUACGCUUACGCCACGGACUUCGACCUCAGCCGCGGGAAUACCAAAGAAUGGAGACACAACAGCACCGCCACCAAGUGUUAGGCCGAAACGGCCAAUAUCGAGACCACCUAGCGGAGCCAAUUCUGGAGAAGAAAAACAGCCCUGCACCCCCACAGAAAUUGGGGCCCCGAUGCCUCCGCCACCGGUGAUGCCUCGGCCGUGCGGCGGAUGCACGACGCUGACAAUCCCGCAAGGCUGCGAGAUAGCCGAGCGGGUGGUGUCUCCGCCGUUCUGCGGAUGCCCGAGGCGGACGAUCCCGCAAGGCUGCGAGAACCCCGAGCCAUGCGGCGCAGCAUGUGUUUAUGUCCAUGAAUAAAAUAUCAUCUCAUGUUAUAGUUUGUCUUUAUUUUAGCAGUUUCUUAUCUUAAUAAUUAUGUUAGAAAAAAAUAUAAUGGGAAUGUGUGGCAUUAUGUACUUGUU